AUGCGGGUGUUCGCCGCCCUCUGUAUUUCCCUGAUCCACGUCCAUGGCCAAACAUCGGUUGGAAAAUCAGAGGAUUCAAUUCCGGUUAUUGAGAUCAGAGGUGAAGGGAAGCCGAUGACCGCCGCUCAAAUCCGACACCUGGAAGAGCUCAGUAACGGAGGACCAUUGGAUAUCAAGGCAGAAAAGACAUGGGUGCCGGCUAAAUGCGAUACCCCAGCGAAAAGAAAGGAUUUUGUCACAUUUCACUACAAAGUAUUCACCGAAGGUGGAAGAAAAAUCUAUCAAACAUACAAUGAAAGUCCUGUAACAAUUCAGCUAGGAGUAGGGAUGGCUAUGCCUGGUCUGGAUAAGGGUUUGAAAGGAAUGUGCACUGAAGAACUUCGAAAACUUCAAGUUCCAUAUCGAUUGAGUAGGAAAGCGAAGAGUAAAGUCUGGAAGCACAUCCCUAACGAUGAACAUUGGUUGACUUUCAAUUUGGAAAUGCUAUCUGUUGAACCGUACACGCAUAACAGACAGUUCAAAUUUCUCGAUGUCGAUGGGAAAGGAAAAUUGACAGAAGCAGUGCUUCUGAAAUGGUUGGGAAACAUGAAGCAGUACGGGAAAUCGUGGAAAAACGAGGAUAUUGACGAUAUUUCUGCCGUCAAAUACUAUGUGAAAUAUUUCGAUAUAAACGGUGAUGGAAUAGUUGAUGAGAAAGAGUUCAUCCGUGUAAUGGAACGAGACCAAGCAACAAUGGACCAGUCGAAAUCGAACGCUAAAGGUCGUAAGCGGGAUCCAGGCGUAGCAUGGAUACUCGACUUUAAUAACGACGGUAUCGCCAGCUAUACGGAAGUUGAUGACGCGCCAGAAAUUUUGGAAAAGGGUCCAACGUUGUUGCCUGUUUUCAAAGACGAAUUGUGA